GGAGCAGGGCACGAACCGUGUAAAGCCCAGCCGGCUGCGCGAUCUGCAACCUGCGCCCGCAGCUCGUUGCCCGCCCGUUGUCCCCUGGCGCCCGCGGGCUCACGCCGUCCCUUGAACCCCCUUCCCCAGCCGGGAGUUCCACCGGCCGAGCCGACCCGGGAUUCCCGUUCCGCGGGCGGAGGAAGGUGGGGGUGGUGGCCGGAGCCUCGCCCCACGCCCUGCGUUCCGAGGCGGACGGGGCUUGGCCAGCGGCGGGCGAGGCUGCCAGCCGUGGGAUCCGGAGGGCGCCGCAGGGCGGAGCAUCGGCCCAAGACCAGGAUGGCUUCUAACCACACUGAUGGCUGGUUCCAGAAGCUGGACGUGAUGUUGAGGCUCUUCAACGGUACCCUCUCCUGCAUGGAGCCGUGUGCCCGGCUGGGCAAGGCCGACCAGGAGGGAAAAGACACCUACGCAUACAUGUAUAUCGUUUUCAUGAUGCUUCUGUUCGCUCUGACGGUUGGCAGCCUUAUCCUGAGCUACACCCGAUCCCGAGAGGUGGACAAGCCCAGCGACCCCUACCACAUGUACAUCAAGAACCGGGUGACCAUGAUUUGAAGGCGGAGGAAACGAGAAGGAACCCGCGGGACUCCUCGCGGGCCUUUCGGUCGGCAAGGAAAACUGCGUCGAGUCUCGAACUCAGGACUUGGGGAAGGUCUACGUUCCGAGGAGUGUGGAGAGAGAGAGGGAAAAAAAAUUGCAGGGUCUGCAAAGAAGCCGCAGGGGAUGACGCUGCCUGUCUCAAACUACCCAUUUAUAAAGUUUUGUAAAGUAACUUUUUUUUGAAAACUUUCCUAAUGGUAAACUUGAUCAAUCUGCCUCUUCCUAUCAAUAAACCAGCUGGAAAACA